AUGGCUGAUGUCAAGCAUCAGCCCCAGCCUGGGGACCUGAUCGAGAUCGACAAAACGCCUUUUCAUCACUGGGCCCUCUACAUGGGGGAUGGAUAUGUCAUCCACUUGAUGCCUCUAGAUACAGGGGAACCAUCAAUAUUCAUCACAAAGGGCAAGGUGAUGAAAGAGCUCCUGAAAGAGGUGGUGGGAGAUCGAGAAUGGUGUGUUAACAACAAGCCUCACUGCUCCCGCCAACCUCGCCCUCUGAAGGAGAUCCUCGAGAAAGCUGAGCAAUUGAUUGACAAGGUGGUGCCAUAUGAUGUGGUUACUAGGAACUGUGAGCAUUUUGUGACAGAGCUUCGCUAUGGAGAGGCAUUCUCUGAUCAGGUCAAAAAAGUAGUUCUUGCUGCUGUUGGAGCCCUAGGUGUCAUUUGUGGAACACUUCUCACCAUUUUCUCGAGUAAGAAGAAAAAAAACAAGUGAUGGGCUGUCAGGAAGAUCUCAGAGCAUGGUGGGGGCAGCCCCUAGACACAGCCAUCACUGGUCAGCUUUUGCUACACCUGCCAUCAAGACUUCCUUGCAACUGUGCCUUUCUGGAAACAUUAAAUAAGACUUAAUAAAAUGUCAGAAACUCAAACUUUA